UUAUCGUGGAAAUUAAUAAUUAAUUAAUAUUAAAUAAUAUUAUCUUAUAAUAUUAGGCAAACAAAAUUAUUGAUACCUGACACACCCUACAUGAGCAUAAAAAAAUUAUUACAAGCGAUAGCCUCGAUGGUAUCGAACGCGGAAUUUAAAAUUGACAAUAACUGAGAGCAAGGCCAUACUAAAAAUAUAUAAAAACCUAAUCGGUAUUUAGGGAAAUAUUAUUAUUUGUGUCUAGUUCGAACAGUAAAGAACUAUAUCAAACUUAAGCAAUGAACUCCUUCGCUGUCUUUACAUUCGUCGCCUGUUUGGCCGUCACCAACGCCGGUUGGUUCCACCACGAACCCUCAGCCAAGAUCAUCCAAGGCCCCAGCUCCAAGACCACCCUGGUCGGACCAGAAGGCAGUGUGAUCUCCGCUGUAGCACCAGGAGGACAAAUUGUACACGAAGAGCAUCCAGGAGUCAUCGCUCAUGCCACCCCAGUAGUCGCCCAUCACGUUCCAGUUAUUGCCCAUGAUGCUCCAGUCGUAGCCCACCAUGUUCCAACCACCGUUGUAGCUCAUGAUUCCUCUGAACACGGACAUGAAAACGCCAUUAUUGCUGGCCCAUCUGGAACUGUAGCGCGUGGUCAUGGUGUACAUGGGGCUGUAGCAGCUGCUCAUGCUGCCCCAGUUGUUGCUCAUCAUGCGGCUGUUGUAGCCCCAGUAGUUGUACCUGAUGACGUGCACCACUAUGAUCACGAAGGUCAAUACGUACAUGACCACAGUGAAUCUCUUUAUGAUGAUGGCUCCUACAAACCUCAUUACUAUCACUAAAUCAAGUGAACAGUUUUAAUAGUGUUACGCUUUUAUAGAAAUUUCUGGAGAAACCAAUAUUAAUUUCUUAUGUGCAAUUUGUUUUAUAUAUAGUGAUAAUUAUGUGAUAAAUUAAU